GUUUAUUUCGGACGAGCUUACGGGAUCAAUUGUUCAAAAUCAGCUGAAGUUACCAGACCGUGUAACCAUGUAGGUAUCUACUACUUUAUAUUGUGUGAUAAGAAAUUUGUUUUUCCUUCUACUACGGUUCCAUCCAUAGUUAAUAUAUUAUUUAUUAUCUAUGAUUCUAUCACAGACUAUAAUAUUAUAAAUUAAAUAUAAUAUACAUAAUAUCAUCGUCUGUGGUUCUAUCAAAGAUACCUCUCUGGUACCUUGCAUUAUGCAUUUGUAUCACGGCUGUAGAUAUAAAUUUGAAUGCCUACUGCUGGUUCCGGUGUUUAACGAAGGUACAAGAUGUUAUAUUCGUGUUUUUGAUACAAUAUAGACAUCAAUACGAACUAACAAUGGUUCCUGUGAAAGCUACGUGCAUGCAAAUGUGUCCGAAGGACGAAAUUACUAUGUGAGUGUUAUUCGUGUAUAAUAUUACGAUCAGAAUUGGAUCAUGCUUAGUUAUGUAUAUUUUAUUUGUUCAGGAGGAAAUCCCGAAAACUUUUGCACCAGUUGGAACGUGACCCGUACCAAAUGGUAAAAUGUUUUAGCCGUUCAGCUGCCGGAUGUUCAUUAAACAAACCUCAUCUUUUACGACCUCCAUCAGUAUUGAUGAAUACCAUUUCCUAUCUUUUGAAUGAGUAAUAGAAAACUAUAUUUUUUUAUUUUUUAUUAUCAUCAUUGUAUUUUUCAAUAUUUUUAGUGUGCUAAAAAUUGUCAAUGUUCCAUUCAAUAUUAUUUACGAUUUCAUAGAUGACCGGUUAAGUGCUAUUAAACAAGAUGCAACCAUACAAGAAGUAUCUAAACAAAACUGGAUGAAUAUUUUGCCACCUAUCAUUCGGUUUUAUGCAUAUGCGGCUUACAUGUGAGUAAUAAUUUUACAUGCAUUGUUCUAAUAAGUACAAACAAAAUGGUUUACAAUGAUGAUUUUGUUGUGCUAUGUUUUUUUUUUUUUAAUCUCUAUUCUAAUUAAUAUCUAUUUUGAUGUAGAACAUAUUAGAAAUGUCAGCUAUCAAAAGUUGUCUAAGAAUAUUAUGAUGUAUUAUAAAACAUAAUAGAAUUGAUAUUGUGGCAUCAAGUGUAAAUAAACAGUGAAAAUUAGAACUUGAUACUAAUUUUGAGUUUUCCCUAUUACUAAGAAUACUCCAGAGAAUAUUUCAAGGAAAAUCAAAAGCAUGAGCUCCUCGUUGCAUCAACUAAAUAUAAUUGUCUACUAGAAUCUGUUGCUCCUAAAGUUAAUGAUUGGAGUAAGAUUUCUUGUAGAAAAAUUAUUUUUUUUAUCUGUUUAGAGACAAAAAAAUAAAAUAAAAAUAAAUACAUUGUAAUCUAAAAUAUGUAUAUAUGUAAGCAAAAACUUAGCCUGUAGUGUUGUUAUUAGUAUUUGUCUGUAAAUUAUUAACUACUGAAUUAUAUUUAAUUAGUGUAAUAUGGUGUGGUGAGUGAAGCCCUUCAUGGAUAGUUAAGUUCAGUAGUUGCAAUUUCAGUAUUUCAAACAAAUAUAGCACAACACUACAAUCCUUUUACGCAUAGUAUAUUAAUUGAUGAUAUGAUUAUUUUAUUUUAUUUCAGGUGCUAUGAAUAUAAUAUCAAUAUAUAUGAUCCAUAUUUAAACAUGAAACACUUUCAUGAGUGUGUUUUGAAAUUUAUUAAAAUUUGUUUAGAAGAUUCUAAUGAAACGACAACUGAUGAACUUUGUUCUGAAAUGGUAUCUCUUCUAAUUGUAGCUAAUUUAGGCGAUUACAAUGUUCUUCAACAAGGUUUGCCAUUUAUAUCAAAAAAGUCAGUUUAUCAAAUUGAAAAUUGUAUAAAGUUUACAGUUUUUAUUACAGUAAUACUAAAAUCACUAAAAUGCUACAUUAAAUAUCUGAUCAGUGAUUACUAAGAGAAAUUAUUAUUAUAAAUUAAACAAGUUUGUCUUUUAGUCUUUUAGUGUUUUUUAAUUAUCUAAUUAAGGUAAAACUAUCCAGUACCCAGUUUGAUAUUAAGCUUCACAUCAAAUUUUUUUUAAUAAACUAAUUUUAAAAUGUCAAAAUUUUAUAAUAAUCAUGCUUUUAAAAAUUAUUUCCCUAAAAACAUCUUUGCGCUGUAUGCAUUAAUACAUCGUACAAUUAAAAAACUAGGUUAAUAUUUAAUUUCUAUGUUUUUAUAUUUAAAACUCAUUUUUAAUACAUUUGGGUAACACAAAUAUUAUUCAACACUUUGUGAUCUUUUAUUUUUAUACUUACUAAGUAUUGCCGAGGAACAGAAACUAGAACAGAUCCAGUUAUAAGUGUAAUUUGUAUACAAGAUGGGACACUUUGUAUACAAAUACCCUUUUAUAUGAAAAUAAUUUUUUUUUACCUAAACACAAAUUUAAUUAAAAGAUUUUUAGUUCUUAUCCCCUCGAGUAAUAUGAAAAAAACAUAAUUUAAUGAACUUUAUUAUCUCCUGUGAUAUUGCAAUAGAUAUAUUUUUGUGGGACACUUGUUUAAUUUAUAUAUUUUUUUAUUUUUAUGAUCAUUUUUAAUAUAUUUUCAAAUAUAAAAUAAAUUUUUAUUAACAUUUAUUUUUAUGUAGUGAAUUAAAUUCUUCUAUUUUCAAUUUAUCAAACUUGUCAAUCUUUGUAUGAUAUUGAAUUAACUUUUAAUUGAACUCGAUACGUGGUAUUAUACUUACGGUAUAUUAAACUUUUUUGUUUUAUCAUAUUAAUAAAUUACAUUUCUUUAAAAAUAAAUCAUAAGAUUUAAAGAAAAAAACUAAUUUAGUCAUUACUAUUUAAUGGUUCAAAAUAAUCAGGGUAGGCUCGUACCUACUGCAGAUGCCACUGUAGUAUAGUAAUUUAUAAUACCUACAUACAUAAGUUAUGUCCAAUUAUUUAUAAACUGUGAAUUUUAUAUUGUUAUGUGUAUUUUAUGUUUAAAAUGUUUUCCAAUUUUUAUAAAUUUUAAUUUUUAAUUUUUAGAAAUAAUUUGGUAAAAAAAACAAUGUUGUUAUCAGUUAAUAUUAUGAAUGGCAAUUUUGGAGACUUAUUAAAAGUAUACAAUGAACUUCCUGCAAUACACCAGUGUGUUAUUAGUGUACAAUUACCAAUACUAAGAAAGUAUAUACCUAUUGUAUAUUUUAUUUAUUAGGUUUUUAUAAUUUAAUUUAAGUAAUAUUUUUUUCAGGUAUAUACUACAAUCCAUGUGCUUUGGAUUUAAUUGCAAAAAUAAUUUUUUUCCAAUAUCAAUUUUAACUAACUGUCUGCUUCUAAAUAAUGAUAAAGAAACGACAGAAGUAUGUAAACAUUAUGGUAUAUUGAUGAUUGACUAUAAAGCAGAAUUAUCUAAAUCUUUGUUCAAUAUUGAAGUGGAUGAGGUAAAAUAAUUAUUCUUAAUUAUUAAAUUAAAUUCUUUUAGGAGAUGAAAACUGCUGUUUUAUAUAAAUACAAUAAAUUAAUUAUAACUUAAAAAUUUGUAAUUUUAUUUGAUUCUAUUUUCAAAACAAAUCAUAUCUUUUCUUUUUUAUAAAUUUUGUAAACAUAUAUGUUGUUUUUUACAUAUAUUUAUUACAAAUCAAUGUUUAGACAAUAUUCUAUAUAUUUACUACAUUUAUAUUUAAAUUUUAUAAUUUUCAAAAUUAAGGUAUCCUUUAUUCUAUUAAAUAUCCUUAAAGAUAAUUUUUUUUUGAAUAGUAACUGCAUUAGGUAAAGAAAAAAAUUAAGAUUUCACAUUACUAUUUGUAUGUUUUUCAUCAUAUUGAUAUCAAAUUUAUUCAUAUUGAUUUACUUAUUAAAUUUUUUGAUAAAUUGUAUUUUUUUUUUUUUGUUUUAGCCACGCAUACGAAAAAAGAUCCAGUUCAAUGUAAAUGUAUCAACUAUGAUUCUUCAUAAACAAAAGUAAAGAAGUAUAUAGUAUUUUAUGGAAUUGUGUUGUCCAGUGUUCCCUCUAAAAUAAAAAUUAUUCUUAUACUUACAACAUAAUUUUAUUAUCAUAAUUUAACAUUAAAGUGAAAUGUGAAACAUUUUUUAUCAUGGUGGGAAAAGUCAAUUGUAUUGUAUGGUUUUUAAAAAAAAAAUAGAAAAGUAGAAAAACU